GGGAUUUUUUAAAAAAAAGAUUGCAUUAAUACAUUAACGUAAAAGUUAUUUAAGCAAACAUGACGUGGGAACCGCAGGCUGAAGGAUUGCAACAAAUAAUCACGAUUCUGAAAGAAUCUCAGUCUCCAGAUACAGCCACACAAAUGGCAGUACAAAUGAAACUAGAGGAAUUGAAUCAAUAUCCAGAUUUUAAUAAUUAUCUAAUUUAUGUAUUAACCAAACUUAAAACUGAGGAUGAGCCUACACGCAGCUUAAGCGGCUUAAUAUUGAAAAAUAAUAUUCGGAUACAUGGCUGUAAUUUGCAACCAGAGAUUGUUGAAUAUAUUAAAUUUGAGUGCCUACAAGCGGUUGGUGAUCCCUCGCCUCUGAUUCGAGCAACAGUCGGUAUUUUAAUCACAACUAUUGCCAGCAAUGGUGGCUUGCAAAAUUGGCCACAAUUAUUGCCAUCCUUAUGUGACAUGCUUGACUCACAGGAUUAUAAUGUGUGCGAAGGAGCUUUUAGUGCGCUACAAAAGAUUUGUGAGGAUUCUGCGGAAAUACUUGACUCAGCCGUACUAAAUCGACCCUUAAAUAUUAUGAUUCCAAAAUUCUUACAAUAUUUCAGUCAUAGUAGUCCGAAAAUACGAUCUCAUGCUAUAGCUUGCAUAAAUCAAUUUAUUAUCAAUCGUUCUCAAGCUCUAAUGGUGCAUAUUGAUUCGUUUAUAGAAAGCUUAUUUAAUUUAUCGUCAGAUGAUGACCAUGAAGUGAGGAAGAAUGUAUGUCAUGGUUUAGUUAUGUUAUUGGAAGUGCGCAUGGAUCGAUUGCUGCCUCAUAUGCCACAAAUAAUUGAGUACAUGAUGAUACGUACGCAAGACACGGAUGAAGGUGUUGCUCUGGAAGCGUCUGAAUUUUGGCUUACUCUAGCGGAACAAAGCAUAUGCAAAGAAGUGUUGGCUCCUUACUUAGCACAGUUGGCUCCAAUUCUUGUUCGUGGUAUGCGUUAUUCUGAAAUAGAUAUAAUUUUGCUAAAAGGAAAUGUUGAGGAGGAUGAUAUGGUGCCAGAUCGAGAAGAAGAUAUACGUCCACGUUUUCAUAAGUCUCGCACACACACUGUUAAGUCAGGGGAGUCUGGACUUGAUGAUGAUGACGAUGAAUUUGACGAUGGCCUCGACGAUGAUAGUUCUUUGUCUGAAUGGAAUUUACGUAAAUGUAGUGCAGCUGCUUUAGAUGUCUUAGCAAAUGUUUUUAGAGAAGAAUGCUUACCCAUUGUAUUGCCCAUAUUAAAAGAUACACUUUUCCAUCAAGAGUGGGUAAUUAAGGAAAGUGGGGUGCUUGCACUAGGUGCAAUUGCUGAAGGAUGCAUGCAAGGCAUGAUACCACAUUUACCUGAAUUAAUACCAUACUUAAUUACUUCACUUUCGGACAAAAAAGCUUUGGUACGUUCUAUUACUUGCUGGACUUUAUCUCGUUAUGCGAACUGGGUUGUUAAUCAACCCCAUGACCAAUAUUUAAAGCCAUUAAUGGAAGAACUUCUGAAACGUAUACUUGAUUCAAAUAAAAGAGUGCAGGAAGCAGCAUGCUCCGCAUUUGCAACACUGGAGGAGGAAGCAUGUACUGAAUUAGUACCUUACUUGGAUUAUAUAUUGAAAACAUUAGUUUUUGCUUUCUCAAAAUAUCAACAUAAAAAUUUACUAAUUUUGUACGAUGCUGUUGGUACAUUGGCCGAUUCCGUUGGUCAUCAUUUGAAUAAGCAACAAUAUAUAGAUAUCUUGAUGCCACCAUUAAUUGACAAAUGGAACUUGUUAAAAGAUGAUGACAAGGAUUUGUUUCCACUGCUUGAAUGUUUAUCUAGUAUUGCUACAGCACUCCAAUCUGGAUUUUUACCAUAUUGUGAUCCUGUUUACAGACGCUGUAUCUCACUAAUAGAGCAAACUAUCAAUCAAGAUAUGGUUUGUAAAACAAAUCCCGGUUUUGAUCAUCCCGAUAAAGAGCGUAUGAUUGUAGCACUAGAUUUGUUGUCUGGACUUGCAGAAGGACUUGAUGGACACAUUGAAUCCUUAGUUGCUAAUAGUAAUAUAAUGGUGUUGUUAUUCCAAUGCAUGCAAGAUAAUUUACCUGAGGUGCGUCAAUCGUCUUUUGCUUUACUUGGUGAUUUAACUAAAGCAUGUUUCCAACAUGUACAUCCGUUUAUGUCAGAUUUUUUUCCAAUUUUGGGUCAAAAUUUAAAUCCAGAUUACAUAUCGGUUUGUAAUAACGCUACUUGGGCAAUUGGGGAAAUAUGUAUGAAACUUGGUGAUGAUACGCGCCAGUAUAUACAUCUUGUGCUUAAGGAACUUUUUAUAAUUAUUAAUCGUCCCAAUACUCCGAAAACACUAUUAGAAAACACUGCAAUAACAAUCGGUCGUCUAGGUUUUGUGUGCCCAGGUGAAGUGGCUCCUUAUUUGCCAGAAUUUGUACGACAGUGGUGUACUUCUUUACGUCAUAUACGGGAUAAUGAUGAAAAAGAUUCAGCCUUUCGAGGAAUGUGUCACAUGAUAACAUACAAUCCAGCAGGUGUUGUUCAAGAUUUUAUAUUCUUUUGUGAUGCAAUAGCUUCAUGGGUAAAUCCUCCGCAAGAUCUGCACCAAAUGAUACAAAAGAUAUUGCUUGGAUUUAAAACUCAAGUCGGCGAUGAAAACUGGCGUCGUUUUGUUGAACAAUUCCCACCAAAUCUUUCUGAGCGGUUGGUGGCAAUGUAUAAUAUCUAAACGUAGAAAUUAUACAAAAGCUCAGUAUGAUGAAAAAGAAAUGAAAAAGAGCAUUUGGGGGGAUAGGAGUGACGACACGAUUAUUUAUUUCUUAUGACAUAAUAUAUGAGUGUCGGAUAUUUCGUUUUAGGGACGUUGAAAACAUAAUGUACAUCUUAAAUUUUGAAUGGAAAUAUUAAGAAGUCGAGAGCAGACAAAACUGUGUAACGUUGAA